UCAGCCCUGCUUGGGUCCUGGGUUCUUGCCCUCAGGGCUAGUUGUGCAGCUUGCAGGAAGCGCUAGCAGCGCGAGGGCUCGCUGGUCUCUCACAUCUGGCUGGAGUCCCCGCCUUCCUCCUUAGAGGGCAGCAGUGGUGAUUUCCCCGGGACCAGAGAAGCUCCCUAGCCCGCACGGGGCAUGCGCUCCACUCAGCACGGGGGAAUUGAAAAGGAAAAACAACAACUAGAAGAAAACCGCCUCAGCGAGCCUCCAAACAUUCCUCUUUGGGGUUCCAGAGUAGCAAAAACAGCUGCAGGGAGAGACACGGAAAAGGAGACCACAGGCCAUGCCUGGAGCUCGGCGUUCUAGGCUUCGCGCUGACUGACCCAGGUCGGGGUCUGCCCCGGCCAAGACUGUGACCGCAGCUUGAUAGACUCGGAGCUCGGCCCGGCGAUGCCUUAGCGCUGACUCUCCUGGCAAGUCCCGCCGGCUUCUGCCAGCUAGUCAUCCAGCCCCGCUUCGGGACCUCGGCUCACCGCGGACAGGGACAGACAGACACAGGGAGCCGGGGACGGGACCGAGUAGGGUCCUUUCUACCUUGUGCUGCUGAGUCUCCAGGCGGUCCUGGACAGCUCUCCAUGGGGCUGCGGGCCUGGCUGAGGACGCUGUGCUGCUGCUGCCCGUGCAAAUGCCUGGGAGAUCCGGACCUGCCCGAGAAGGAGCCUCUGCUCAGUGGCAGCAAUCCUUACUCCACUUUUGGAGCAACUCUAGUGAGAGAUGAUGAGAAGAAUUUAUGGAGCAUACCUCAUGAUGUAUCCCAUACAGAAGCGGAUGAUGAUAGGAUACUGUAUAAUUUGAUUGUCAUUCGAAAUCAGCAGCCCAAAGAUUCAGAGGAAUGGCAAAAACUCAACUACGAUAUCUACACCUUACGGAGAACUCGAAGGGAAGUAAGAAACAGGUGGAAACGCAUUUUGGAAGAUUUAGGCUUUCAGAAGGAGGCUGACUCCUUGCUCUCAGUAACUAAACUCAGCACCAUCAGUGACUCUCAGAACACAAGGAAAGCACGGGAGAUAUUGUUAAAACUUGCUGAAGAGACAAAUAUUUUUCCAACAAAUUGGGAGCUUUCAGAGAGGUACCUCUUUGUGGUGGAUCGUCUCAUUGCUCUUGAUGCUGCAGAAGAAUUUUUUAAAAUGGCCAGCCUCAUUUACCCCAAAAAGCCUGGACUGACCUACUUGGCUGAUGGUCAAAAAGAACUGCCCUGUCUUCCAUUUCCAAGCCCCUAAAGAGAUGGACCUGGGACAGAACUUGAAUUUUUCCCUGGGGCCUCAGGGCAACCGGCCAAAGUACCUCGGAUUUCCUUUGGAGAAUUACAAGUAGGAAGGAGACAAGGGGAGAGAAUAAGAAAAAACGUCUGUGUUGUGAUUAGGAACCACAUGCACAUGUGCAGGAUGUGGAACCCUGUCCAGCUCCAAGGAAGGAGUAAACUAGUUCUACUGUGGGCCUUGUUCUAGGAGGCGAUUAGCAUUAAAACCAUAGUCCUUAGCACUCACUGUGUGGGUUAAAACCAUCAGGGAGACUCCAUGGGCUCAGCUCUUCCUUUGGAGAACUUUAAACUUAAAUUCUCAUGAGAGGAAAAGUCAAUAAUUCAACAGACUCAAAACAGAUUUACUCAGUGCCUCCUAUGUGCAAAGCACAGCCUUAGGUGCCCAUUGAGACAUGGGUCCUGCCCUCAGAUAGCUUACUAUCUAAGUGGGGGAUGGGGCAGUAGAGGGGUGGCAGGGCGGGAAGGCUAAGACCAGGUUAAAAGAGUCUUAGUUGAUAGGAAGUUGCUGGUUAUCCCAUGUCAGGAUGAACUACUUUCAAAUAGUGUACAAUAAAGUCUGCUGAACCCAACACUAAGGCUAAACUGAAUGUGGUGUAAUCUUUCCUUGGUCAUUCAGAAAACACUUCAGCUCCUCAUGGUGCCUUAGAAGCAUCACUAGUAGACAGUACUUUUUAUACAGAAAGGAUGUUGGACCAAUUAAUAGAGAUGCACACAAAUCUUGGUUUGGAAGCAGGUUUCUAAAAUUGGGGGGAGGGUGCUGUCCCAAACUGGUACAGGCUGCUUUAAUGAGUAGUGGGUCCCCCAUCACUGGAGGUAUUCAAGUAGAGGCUGGUGAGCUACAUAUUAGGGAGUGUGUAAAGGGGAUUGCCUCUUGGAUGCAUGACCUCUGAAUUUUCUUCCAUCUUUGAUGUUCUAGCCUUCCAAUUAUGAGAUUGCUUGGAUUUACUGUUAGUGAGAUAGAAAAUGUGGGCUUUACCAACAGAGUACAGAGUACAGAGAUAGCAGUUAUCUUGAAUCUAAUGAUAGCAGGUUACCUCAUUCUCCCUAUUAUUUAUUGGAGUCAAAAGGAAAUCUGAUGAACAGCUGUUGUUUUAUUUUACCAGAUUUAUUAGUUUUGUUUCAUUUCCAGUAGAAUAUAAGGUUCACCAAGGCAGACUUGUCUUUGUGCCUAGCACCUAGCAGAAGUCUUAUCAUAGGUGCCUAAUAAAUCUUAUUGAACUGCUGCCCUCUAUCAACUGAAAUAGGUUACUGCUAUUUUUUUUUUUUCUGUGCUGCCCACACUCUUAUUUCUUCUUUAACAGCAACAGUUCAUAGACAAUAUUUGUCACCUGAGGAAGGGGCACAGUGCUUUUGACCUGCAAGCUACACCCAAGGCCUGCAGCCUAAUUUCCAUGCCUGUGUCUGAGACCUUGUUCUGUCUUCAAUUUUGAAGGGAUAAUCAAUGACAUAACACAGUCAGGGAAAUCUCUUUCAGCUAUCAACACUUGAAACGUUCCUUGAAUAACUCAGAAAUGAGCUUUGAAAUCUGACUGGCAGGUUUGCCUAGAUAUGUGAGCUCCUCACAUUGAUUCAUUUUAAAUAUUAGCAUUUUAUUUUAAAGGU